AGCCACAAAAAGAUUCAAAGCAACCACAAAAGACACAAAAUAACAACAGACUCAAAGCAGCAAAGAGACACUAAAUGACCACAAAAGACAUUAGAUCAUAAACAGAGAAUUUCUUUAAGUCGUUCUGGACAAUUUUGAGUCACUUUGGACAUUUUAAAUAAUUUGUUUUUAAUGCAUUGGACAUUUUGUUUUGUUUUUAUUGAUUUUAUGCCAAGUUUUCAGUCGUUCUGGACAUUUUAAAAUACAUUUUUUGUUAUUGUAUUGGACAUUUAGAUUUUUUAUUGACCUCUUUUCAAUUAUUUUGGACAAUUUCCGGUUUUGUUUUGUGAUGUUUAGUUUGAAAGUCAGCACCGGAAGUGAGUGUGCUGGUCGUUGGGAACUUGUCGGCUCUGCUCGGUGCCUCAGUCUGGACGCGGAUCAGCAGCAGAGAGACACGGACACACCGGGGAGGACCGGGAGCCAGGUGUUUGUUCCACCUGAGGCCGACAUGGAGAGGUUCCUGGUGGUCUGCUGCUGUCUGUGGACGCUUCCUCUGCUGGUUUUCUGUCGACAUCCGACCUGUAACUUCCUGCUGGAGGUGGAGAAGGACCAGGCGGAGUGUGUGAGGAGGCUGAAGGAGGAGGAAGCAGCCGGCCGACAGAAAGAACCCGGAUGCAGAGGAACUUGGGACAGCAUUGCAUGCUGGGAACCGACUGGGUUUGGAGAAACCGUCACCAUCGAGUGUCCUCGAGUCCUCAGGACCGUGUUCGGGAGAAACGGAAACAUCAGCAGAAACUGCACGGCUGCCGGAUGGUCGGAGGUUUUCCCCAACAUCAGCAGCGUCUGUGGGUCAGACACCAGCCAGAACAAGCUGCUCUUCUACCUGGUCGUACAGACGUUGUACACUCUGGGCCACAGCUUGUCUCUGAUCGCCCUCACCACCGGCAGCACCAUCCUCUGCCUCUUCCGGAAGCUCCACUGCACCAGGAACUACAUCCACCUCAACCUGUUCGUCUCCUUCAUCCUGAGGGCCGUGGCGGUGCUGGUGAAGGACGACAUCCUCUUCAACCGGACCUCGCAGUGCUCCAACCAACUGUCACUGGUGGGAUGCAAAGCCAGCCUGGUGUUCUUCCACUAUUUCAUCAUGGCCAACUUCUUCUGGCUGCUGGUGGAGGGUCUGUACCUCAGUGCUCUGCUGAUGUUCAUCUUCUCUGCAAACCGACACUUCAUCGUCUACAUGUUCAUCGGCUGGGGAAUCCCCACUGUGUUCGUCUCUGUGUGGGCGGUGACGAGGAUUUACCUGGAGGACACGGGGUGCUGGGAGAGGAACGACAACCCCAUACCCAACUGGGUGAUCAACGGACCCAUCGGAUUCUCCAUCUUGGUGAACUUCAUCCAGUUCAUCAGCAUCAUCUGGAUCUUGGUUCAGAAGCUCAGGUGUCCUGAUGUGGGCGGCAACGACCAAUCACAGUACAGGAGGCUGGCUAAGUCCACGUUGCUGCUCAUCCCUCUGUUUGGGAUCCACUACGUGGUCUUCAUCACGCUCAGCGAGUCCAUCGCCGAGGACUACAGGAUCUUCUUCGACCUGGCCCUGGGAUCCUUCCAGGGGCUGGUGGUGGCCAUCCUCUACUGCUUCCUGAACAGCGAGGUUCAGGCUGAGCUGAAGAGGAAGUGGCGCAGCAUGUGUCUGAACUGCCGUCUGAGCAGAAAUCAUCGCUUCAGCAGGAACUUCGCCUCCAGGAACGGGUCAGAACACAUGGUCCAGUUUCACCGCGACUCCAGAACCCAGUCCAUCCUGCAGUCUGAGACCACGGUGCUGUGAGAACGUUCCACCAGCACCGCCGUCGCCCCGGUCCAACACUGGCCCUGAAUCCUAGAGAACACGCUGUACGCUGAGACGAUGCACGGCUUUCUACGGUGGCUAGGAUUCUGGUCUCUGCAAGCCUUCAAGAGUCCCUCAAGUGGACCAAAACCUGUUUGCAUCCAGAGGUCCACCUCAGGUUUCUUUUCCAGCAUAGAGAUGUUUUGAUUGGGUUUGUAGGUGAACGUAGCUGCAUGGACCAAGAAAGACAGCUUCAUGUUUGUCCUGUUCUUCUGGGAUCUGUGUUCAUGGUGCAGGGAUCAGAUGUCUGAAUGUUGCAUGCAUUAAAUGGAUGUUUUUUUAAACUGGUGACAUCUCGGACUUUAGAUUGGGCUCGUUGCAAAAAACAGGACGGUUAAUCGUCACCAUCUUUAACAGGAACAAGGUCGCUGUGUCGAUACUCAGAUGUCUCGUUAAACAGUCGUGAUGGUGUGAUCGAAUGAUGAUGAGAACAGAAGAUAAAGAAAUAAAACAAAGUCAGUCUGGGCGGUUUGCAGCCAGGAUCAGACUCCAUGUCUGCUGCCCAUCAGUAGCUCGUUGGUGCUCCAAGCGAAGGAGUUUCUGGGAAUGAAAGAUGGAAAAAUGUCACGUAAGACGGACAGAUGGAUUGGAGCUUCUUCAGCAGGAAUGAAGGUGUCGUACCGGACUGUUGUGGAGCAGAACCAGAGCUCAGUAGAACCCUGACAUCUGGUCAGGAGCUCUAGAUAGCGACAGGAAGAUCCUCUGUAGGAUGACGGGACUCAUCAACCUGCCCUCAGAGGAUUCCUGGAAGCUGGGAGGAGAUCCUGGGGCAGAUCUACAACACUCUGGAGGGAUUUUAUAUCUCAUCUGGCCUUGGAACACGUCUGGACCUGAACCUGAACCCAGCCUGGUGCCACCCAGUCCAGCUGAGGACAAUCAGAAGAAGGUGGAUGGAUGAAUAUUAGGAAGGAAGAACCUGUCGUGCAGUGGUUAGUUAAUGUACCUGGUCUGGAUGUCAUAGCAGCCUUUAGUUUACAGACCAUAAUGUAGAAGAAACAGACAGCGCCCUCUAGUGGUCGCAGCACAAAGCAAGACUGAAACACGACAAAGUGCUGUUCAUUUCUGGUUUCUUCAACCAGCCGUUUCACAAAGAGACGUUCAGGUGUUUGAUUUGGAUGAUGUGAUGAGACGUAAAGAGUUCCACCUUUAAAGACGUCCUUUGGGUUUGGACAUUUGAUCAACGACAGUCUGAUGCUGCUGGAGGUAAAAGGGAGUUCCUCCUGAGGAAUCAUUGAAUUUCUGUCUCUAACAAUAACAGUAAUAAUAAUAAUAAUAAUGUAGGACUGUAGCAGCUAUCAGAACCAGCAGCAGCUUCUAAACACCACAGCUGUUUGUGUUUGAUGAAGUGAGAAGUUUUAACUUUUCCCUACAGUGAAGCGUUUGGUUGAAAUCCACCCAGUAGCUCUUCAUAUUACUGUAGAGAACGAUUCAGAAAUGUGUUCUGACCGGGUCCGGCUGUCUGUUCAUCAUUUUAAAACAUGUAUGAAUGACCUGCUGUCUCUAAGAGGUUCUGAACAUGAUCCACACUGAAGAUGUCAUUUAGAAAAGAAACCAGACCUUUUGUCCUCCGGACCGGUCAGGAUUUAUUUCACACAUCUGCAGUUAAACAGAAGCUCUUUACUAAUUCCUCAGCUGAUUUAUAAAUGCAGGAUUAAUGUGGAGAUCCUUCAGGAGGUUUGGGUUGAACCAGUGAAGCACCUGAAGACGAUGAAACAUGAAGGAACUGUAUUUGUCCAACAGAUAUCAGGUUAUUGUUUCUCAGAAAGAUUCAUUCAAGAGCAUUAAUGUGUUUAAACUUUAUCUGAAGGUUGUGCUUUCUUCCUGAAGUUCUCAACAGAAGCUCCGGAUCUCCUUUAGAUCUACAUCUCCUUCUGAUUCAUCUUCAGCUCCAAACUGUUCACUCAGUAAAGUCUUUUGUAGAAGAACCGUAGAUCCGAUUAUUUACCACUCAGUGGGCCUUCUGUCAUCUUUUAUCUGCUUUUAAUGAAGUGGUGACUACGGUAAACGUGUUUUUGGAAAACAUUUUACAUAUCACAAAACAAAAGUUCUGAAACAAAUUUACAUUUCAGAAAACAAUGCGAAACACUUUUUCAAUCUCCGACACAAUUUUACAAGUGGCGAAACACUUUUGCAAGUUCAGAAACAAAUUUACAAAUGAAAAUCAACCGGUAUAUCUGAACAUUCUUUGCUUUGCAGAAACUGAGGCUGCUGUGUCUGUGGAGGAUGUUUUGAUGUUUGCAACUGGGCUGACAUCACUCCCCCCUUCUGGCUUGGAACCACAAAUACGGUUCCUGGAUGACUCUCCAUUCCCGAUGGCAAAUACGUGCUCAAACUUGCUGAAAUUGCCACUCCUGGAUUCAUACAGUGUGUUUAAGUCACAAAUGGACUUUGGAAUUCAAAGUAGUCCAGGAUUUGGCUGUUUUUAAACCAUAUGACUGGAUGACCUCUAGAGCUUAGACCAGGCGUGAACUAACCGUGACGUCACCCGUUGGUUUCAACGCCGAGAAAAUGAAGCCUGGAUUUUGCUACUUCCUGGUCGCCGUUUUGGAUUUUUUGGAGCCAGUGACGUAAAAAGCGUCAUCAAACAGGCUGGACCGGAGAGCAACUAGGGACAGGAUUGGCUGAGGACUCUCUUAUCCCGCCCACAUUUUACCGCAGAGGCUUCUGUUGCUGUCUAUCAAGUAUAGCCACGCCCCCUGGCUCCGCCAACUUUAACGAUUUAUUUAAAAUUCAGUAUUGAUUUGUUUUAAGAUCGGCCACCUGAUCUCUCAUUUUGACCAUGAAAACUAACGGGAAAAAAAUCCUGAGCUGUAGAACAUCAGUCUAUCAAAUUUUAUUUUUUCCAAAAAUGAAUUGGGGUCUAUGGAGAAAAAGCUUUUUGGAGCCAACCUUAGCGGACGGCGUGAUAUUGCAAGUUUUUGACACUUCUGGGUGGGCUUCAUUUUUGGAGCCAGAUGCUACGUCCAUCUUUAUAUACAGUCUGUGGCUUAGACUCUGAAAAUGUUUUGUUCUAAACACACUGUUGUUCGUGCACUUAAAGGUGCGGUUCGGUCUCAGUCAAUUGUUUUAGAUCCAUGAUUUUAAACUGUGGUUGUUUAUGAACCACUGUUUUAUUCAUGUAUUCAGAUUCAUUUUAGAAUGAGAAAAAACCCCAAAAAGAUUUCAGGAGAUUUUGUUCUCUAUAAAAUGUAAUAAACAUAAUAAGAGGUUA